AUGUAUAAAUUCAUGUGUGAUCCAGAGGAAUUGAAUUAUUCUGACCAAGACAUAUUGGGUCAAGCCUUUGAAGAUGCCUUAGAGGUGUUACAGCAACAUUCUGAUGGUGAGAUUCAGUAUUCACCAGAUUAUAAAAAUUGCCCGACCUUAAUCAACCACCAUCCUCACCUCAGAGCAAGUCCAAACUACUCUGCAGCACCACCUACAGAGGAACCAGUAUACAACUGGAGAAAUGUAAUAAAUAGUGCAACAGAUUUAUAUUCUGAAGGAACUGUUUACCACACUCUGUCGAAUAUUCCAGAAAACCAAGUGAUGCAUACUACUGCUAGCCAGCAAAAAGGAGGGAAAGGGAGAAAAAAGCUUCGCCUGUUUGAAUAUCUUCAUGAGUCUCUGUGUGACCCAGAUAUGGCAAACUGCAUCCAGUGGGUGGAUAAACCCCAUGGUGUCUUCCAGUUUGUUUCCAAAAACAAGGAGAAACUUGCAGAGCUGUGGGGAGAAAGAAAGGGAAACCGCAAGGUCAUGACAUACCAGAAAAUGGCCAGAGCAUUGAGGAACUAUGGAAGAACAGGGGAAAUCAUUAAAAUACGAAGGAAGCUGACAUAUCAGUUCAGUGCAGCUGUUUUACAAAGACUCUCCCCGUCUUACUUCCUGGGAAAAGAAACAGUUUAUUGUCAGUAUCUUCAGUACAAUCAAGAAUACCAGUGUUCAGACGACUGGAUCACUUAUAAUAAUUACAUGUAUAACAAUGACCAUGAGCUGCAGCAUGCUAACGGCUAAACACAUCAUAUUAAUUUGUCUUUUUAAGAGUUAGAAAUAUGUUAAAGCUCACAACUCUUCUCUCAAUAUAUAUUUUUCUUUUAAAAUGUAACAAACACACACACACACCACGGGUGUGAUUAUCAGAAAAGAAAGGUUCAGUGCUGGCCUAAUUUUGCGCCCAUUGCAGGGAAUGAAAAACUUUCAUUGACUGUACAAGCAGAAGUUGUUAGGUCAGAUUCUGAUCUCUAUUAUAUCAAUUAGAGGAGUUACUCCAGGUUCAUACCUCUGUAACCAAGAUCAGAAUUUGGCCUGUUGUCUGUUUGACAUCACAGGCCAUAUCCUGACAUUGAUCCUCGUGCGACUCUCACUGACUUUACUGGCACUUCUGUGCAUGGAAAAAUGGCAGGGUAUGGCCCUGAGUUCAUAUGUACCUAUACUCCACUACUCAGACUUGCUUUCAGAUGGAUGCACAUGAAAUACGAGUUAGAGGGUGUUCAACUGCCUGCCGCUAGUGCUAGCUUUAUUAACCAAUACUUCUCAUUAGUGACAUUUUCUAAGUAAAUACCAUGCUGCAUUUGUGCACCUACAUGACAUGGAAGCUGGGACCUGCGAAUGCUGGUGAAGGUACUAAUCCUUAAGCAUUUGAGUUAACUCCUUGAUAUACAGAGUCAGGAUAUCCAGGCACCCAUUUCAUUGCUGACAGUGACACUCACUGGGAGAGCUACCAUACCAGGAAGGGGGUCAUCAAGGAUUAAACUUUUUAAAAUUUAUUUACAGUUCUUUUGCUCCUAAUUCUAGAAGUUGCAUUUUUAAAGGGACAGCAAUUUUGUAUUCAGUUGUAAAUAACAAAUCUAUUUUUUACAUUCUCUUAAGUAGUUAUAACUUACAUGUUUAAAAUACCACUGUGCGUCUCCACUCAGCAGCCUCACACUUUAUUAGUGUAGAGGAAAUUAAAUUUAGAUAGACACAGAAUCCAUGCACUCAAUGCAAAGUUAGUGCAAGUUAUAUUACUUUACCAUUUACACCUGUUUGCUGACCAACUUACACCAUCAUUUAUGUCACUGCAGGUUUUGUCCCAGAUAGAUACAUGGGAUCUGUACCCAGUCCCACAAGGCCUUGAUUUGCCCAUGGUAACUAUAAACACAAAUACGUAUGGAGAAAAAACUGGUUUGUAUAGGGCAUUAAUAAUGUUGACCUGACCUGUCUGACAUUAACAUGAAAUCAUGAGAAAGUAGCUCCAGGUAGAAGAAUCUAGAUGGGUAUGAAAAUAACAGGCUUGAUUCUGAUCUCACACUGAUUUUUACCCCAGAGUAACUCAAAUGACUUUGAUAGUUAAUCCUGAUUUACACCAAUGUAGGUAAGAUCAAAAUCAGGCCCUACAUAUUGUUUAUUAAUAUUGGGGGUGGUAAGGCAAUCACUUUUGAUAGUGGCUCCAAUACUACGUUCCCUAGCAAGCAAAACUCUAACUGACGUUAAUUUUUAAUAUGAUAGAAAGAUUGUAUUACAAGAAACUUGAGUGAAGCCAUAACAUUAUACCAAUAAUGGGUCCAAUUACUGAAGUCAGUGGGAGUUUGCCUGACUAAGGAGUGCAGGAUUUAUCAGUGUUUUGUUUUUGUUGACAUUUCUUGUAACAUGCAGACUUUAAUAUAAUAAAAAAGACACCAGAAUGUCUCUGGUACUACACAUUUGGAUCCAAUCCUGCUGUACCACUAAAGACCAAUCCUACCAUACCAGGAAUAUUACCCGAGGUUAGAGUGUGAGAUGAAGCUCUUUAAUUUGUGAUUCCGUCUCUAUGUAAAUAAACAUGCAAGUACAAAA